AUGAAUAUUACAAAGCUUCGGACCAUUCAUCAACAAUGUGCAUCAAAUCAACGUAUCCUCUUGAUUGGGGGCGAUACGGUGCAGAAAACCAUCGCCCAAUUGAUUGGAUACAAGCUGCGGUUACCGGGGCAGUCUUCAAAGUCUUCAGGCGUAUCUACUGCGCCUGUAGCAUUCUCAUUUGGGUGGGUAGCAUUUGGGUUUUCAAUUCUCCUCUCCGCCGUCGGCGAGAUGAAACUGAUGCCGGACAAUAACUCUCGAGUAAUGGUCGUCAAUUGUUCCAACGCAUUCGCCAAACAAGUCAGCUCUUGGGCACUAGGCCGACUCUUCCGAGACUACCAGUCGAAUCAUGAGGUUGACCCCAGACCGAAGGAAGAGGGUGGCCGGGCUGAGUCUAUCAGGAUUGACAUAUUCAAGCUUGGUCCCGGCCCUGCGUCUCGUCCGACUUGUGACUUUGUAUGGUGGCUUGGGUGGAGCGUUGUUCUCUUGCAACUGCUAAUCUCUGUUGUACCUUGGGUUUUAUACGGUGACUGGGGCGUCAUGUUUGUUACUCUUGGUGGAAAUCUGCUUGCUGCCAUAACUUGCGCAAUGCCGCAGUGGAUCGAAGAAAAAUGGGCCGCGAGACCGUUAGGUAUGCACCACAGAGCACCAUUCAAUCUGUUUAUAAGACGUGACAAGGUCACAUUUCUUACCAGUGGAAACGGCGGCCUUCACAUCAUGGUCUUCAUUGGCGCGCAAGACUCCUGGGAUCUGGAAGCUCUCGCAACCGGCACAGUCAACCCGCGUCGAGAAACUCGUUGGGUCACUUCCGCGCUUACGGCCCUAUGGUGUUGUCUUCUUGUAACCGUUUCGGGUCUCCAAGAGCACUCGUGGUUCCUCGUGGGGAUAGGGGCCAUAGGGAUGGUGCAAAACGCGUUUGCGGCUGGCACCCCUCGAAGCCCUGGCGCUUCGAACUUCCAUUAUACCAAGUUCGAGCGAGCCCCGACCAUAAUUGGAGUACGCGAAUACUACAAGGAUGACAGUGAUGCUUCCGUGGACAUGAAAGGGGACCUAGACGAGCUCGUCAACGUCAUCUCAUCAUCAUCCAAAUCGGAAGAGGCCAUGGCGGAAGGCUUCUUUAGACCAACGGCACCGAAAUGGACAGAUUCGAUGUCCAAGGAAGACGGUGCCCCCGAUUGGCUGGAUGCGAUACCAAAGAAGAAUGGCAUCAUACACGCUGUUGGAGUGCAUGGCGCGUUGAUGGAGCUGGAGAAAUGGGUUCCUACAGCGGGUCUUGCUAUGGUUCAAAUAUUCUUUCCAAUAGGACUCAGAUAUAUGGAUGAGAGCAUACGAGACAACAUCCAUAAAAAGUUCUGGAAGCGAGCGUACCAUACUCAGCUUGUGAGAAGGAAAGCUGAAGAGAAAAGAAGGGCAACAGAGACUAGAAUGAUGGCCCCGUCCCAGGGCCCUUAG